GAGAGAAGAUAGUGGGGACAGCACUAUACAAACGACUUAGAGAAUUGAACGAGUGGCCGCUUCUUUUCGUUCUCGCCUAUUGAUACCUCAGAGAGACGUAGCGAUGCUAUUGCGGAGGUAGAUCACCUAGUGUCGUGGUGCGGUGAAAAAUAGUCCACAACUUGAAGUGUGUAAAAGCAAGGUGAUAGUUGCCUUCCGCAAGAAAAGACUUCCCGUGUUGCCUCUCACUGACAAUGGUGAGGCCAGUGACCAAGGUUGUGUAUUUCAGGUUUCUGGGAUGAUCACACCCCUUUACCUUAAAUAAUCUGAUAGGAGAACAAUGGGGUGUUGAUUACUAAGCUAAAAUAGUUAAAUUGUAGAUCACUAAUGAAAUUUUAAGUAACGGAGCGGCUUUGUUGGUGAAUCUGUGAAAAGAGUGCAUGGAACUCAUAUGUUCAUUUAGUAUUCCAAUGAUUCGUGUGACUGUUUACAAAAGUGUUUUGCAGUCUACAUCCGCAGUGACGUGGUCCCACAUAGAGACCACAUAACGGGUUUUCCCGCACGGUGCUUUUCAAGGAAGCGUGAGUAGACUAAUGCUUCCUGGAAUAUUCCCGGUCCUGCCUUGAAUAAUCAACAAGGUGAUUUCGAAGAUGGAGACUUCUCUCAAUCCUCAAAAAAGCCGAUUUGAAGUAUCUGACGACCUCUCUGAUGUCACUCUAGAGGUAGAAGGUCGGAGACUGUAUGUUAAUAAGAUUCUUCUAAUGCUACACUCACCUGUUUUCAACAAAAUGUUUACAGCUGACUUCAAAGAAAAAUGCUCAAGUGAGAUUCCUCUUCCAGGAAAGAAAUUCUCUACAAUGGUUGAACUUUUGGAGCAAAUCUACCCCGGUGAUGGCGUGGACUUGAUUACAGACAAAACCUUACCAGACCUUCUUGAGCUCGCAGACGAGUAUGACAUGCAGCACGUUUUCCACAACGCCAAGCAGUACAUCAUCCAGCGGCUACGUGACCCCGGUCUAAAGAGGUCAGCAGACCGUACUUUCCUCUACCUUGGGGUCGUCGAACGUUACAAACGGUUGGAUUCGCUAAGAAAUUAUCUUGUGUGGCUAGCAGCAAGUAUACCUGCUGAAGAGAUGGAAAAAAACAAGUUUUAUCAUUUUGUACAUGCCACAGCCAUUAGAGAUGCUCUGCUAUUGAGACACAAGGCAGUGGAACGUUUUAUCAAGGAUACAACUUAUACGAAUUUAGUACCUGACGUAAACAAGUUGGUCGAGAAUUUCAAACCUCGGUCACUGUGUGCUAAUAGUUCACGUUAAAACCCCAGGGGUAUCUUGUUACCUAGAGUCUGUCUACAUGCAAGCCUUCAUUACGUAGUUAAUUAGAUUAUUCUAACAAUCAAAGUAAUAAUGAAGAAAUUAUCUCUCUUUCUAUAUAUAUAUACAAUAAAGGGAGAGAAAAGUAUUAGUCUGAUAUCACUGCCUUGUAUGCAAACGUAUGUAAGUGCAAUAAUUAUGAAAUGAGAAACAGUCUUUAGCUGCUUAUGAAUCUCACAUCUACGUAUACCUGAGUUCCUGGCAUCCGUGAUGAUAAGGAAACUGAUGAUGAGUUUCAUGAAAUAUAUAUUUGUAAGUCACAUUUUUAGCAAAACAUGUAAAAUAUUCUGGUGUUUAUGUGUGAAGAUUAAAGUAUUACACAUAUUAGGUGGCAUGCCACUUAGUCGGUUGGUCGGUAGAAAUAAGUAGGCCAGACUUGGGCAAAGGGCUGCCCGAGGGCCGGAUCCGGCCCGCCUCCUGUCUCUGACCGGCCCGCCCGCUGGCCCGCCCGCCCGUUCAGAGUUAUAUAUAUAUACUGUAUUUGGUAAAGCUGAGUUAACUAUAUUAGUCCGGCCCUCUAAAACCAUCCCAAUUUCUCAUGCGGCCCUUGGGAAAAUUCAUUGCUCGCCCCUGAAGUAGGCCAUCAGGAAGUUUAUUUCCAAUCCUAAGACUGUCUACAGAUAUUUUUUCUCAUGUUAGAGAUAUCCCCUUGAUCAAAAUUUCAUUAGUACAGUCUCCUUUAUUUAAUGAUCAUUGCUCAUUAGUAGAUUGUCUUUUAUUUAAUAUUUAUUGUGAAGAAACUCUCGUUCCCAACUACCACCACAACAAUUACUACAUCUCCUGCAUCUCCUAAUAUGUACUUAAAUAUAUAUGUAUUUCGACAAUGUAGUAACUCUUUUUAUAAAUAUGCAUUCUGAUUCAGUUGAUGUGAUUAUGUACAUCAUGGUCCUUUAUUUGACGAUAUUUUAGAAGAAAAAUGCCUUGUAGUAUGAGGGGUUGGCAUUAGACACUAAACAUGGAUCUUGUUUGAUAUGGAAAGUUUAACAUGAUAUACAAAAAAAAAAAAAAAAAAAAAAAUACCUAUACAAUGUCCUCAUAAGGAGCUUUAGUAAAUAUACUAGAAUGUUAGUACAAGACAACGUUAUCUAAUAAAAGAAAAUUAGAAUAAUGAUAUUAUAGAGAAGGAUGGCUAUGGUGUUAACAAUAAUAUUGGCAGAGGAUUGAAGAGGUGAGAUCGGAGGAUGAAAAUUGUCUGCGAUCACUGAAAGUGAUUCUUUUGUUUUCUUUUCCCUGUUGCGAUGUUUUGAUGGACAGAGUUUUGUAACCAGUGCAAUAACUACUUUCAGUGCUGGAUCUGGUGCUACUGGUAUGUCCUACCUACAUACUUUUAACACUUAAUAUGUAUAACGCUUCUUCUUCUAUCUUUGUUAUGCAUUCCUGUACAUUAAUACAUUGGUUAAUUUAUUGAAACCUGAAUCCCGAAGGCACUGAGUUUGAUUAACUUGAGUUGAUUAACUUGGGAUCCAUGGCAACAGUCACGACCGGAUGGGAUGGAAGCUGUUGCUGUAGACGUGAUGAACAUUUUGGUCUGCGCCUGUUUAUAAUUAUAUGGUCAUGAAUUCCUUCUUCCUAUUACAUCCUUAUAUUUCACGGCUUCCUUUGAAUGAAUAUGUAAUCUAGUUUCCUUGUUAGCAUGAGAGUGGUCGAGUAAGCAAACUGUGGAAAUAAAUUGUGCCAGGUAGAAAACAC